AUGAUGAACGACAUUAUAGAGGAGCCUGAGAAAGACAACCUCCUGGAUGCGGUACCGAGGGUGCAAGUUUUGACGGGCCCCAAUAACAGUGCAAGACCUAAAUCUAAUGCAGAAGGAAAUGCACGGCCAAUGGAGAAGAGAGGACCUUACAUCAUGUCAAGAGCUCCUGCUAUCCAUCAUAAACUGCAGAAGCACAGGGAAAUGGCAAGGAAAGCGCUUAAAAAGAAAGCCCUUUCGCCAGGACCUCCAGUGUUGCAUCAGCCAAGACAAAGUGGAAAAAGGAAAAUGAAGUAUAACAAAGGCUAUGCUGCUUUGAGUCAGCAUGCAGAAGAGACAUUGGUUGCUCUGGAGUCAGACAGUGAUGAAGAGAUUGAUUUUGAGCAUUAUUCCUCAGGAUAUUCUUCAGCUGAGAUUCAUCCUGAUCUAAGUAAACAGCUUCUUAAAGAUGGUUAUAAUCUCGAUGAGAUACCAGAUGAUGAGGACUUGGACCUUAUCCCCCCCAAAGCCAUGGGUUCUUCGUUGUGUUGUUGCUCGGAAGGGCCGUCCUGCUCCAUGCAGUGA